UCUCUCUCUCUCUCUCUGCCCCUCGCCCCACUGUUCCGUGUGCAUAGCGCCUCUGCUCCCCUCUCCACCCGCCAACCAUGUCGAUGUACAUGCCUCCCGCCUUGAUGGAGUACUUCGCUCCGAUGGGGGACCUGCCGACCCCCACGCAGUUGGAUCGGUCACCGGAAUGCCGCCGCGGCCCGGAGCUGACUCCCAUUGCUGAUGCGCUGGAGCUUUGCAAGGACAACCCGGUCCCGCCGCUCCCCGAAGGCACCCCAGUCUGGGUAAAUGCGGACACCCGUCGAGCCCUGAAGAAGAGCAUCCACGAUAGCCAGGUCAAGCAGGAGAUCGAUCGCGGCACCGAGGAGUACAAGAACCGGCCACAGGACAGCCCGGAGUACUCGUCCGACGCCUUCAAGACCCUGUUUGUUGGCCGUCUGCCCUACAGCCUCAAUGAGGCCGGCCUCUCGGGGCAUUUUGAGAAGUUUGGCCGGAUCCGGUUCUGCCGGAUUGUCCGCUGCAAGCGCACCGGGAAAUCGCGCGGCUACGGCUUCAUCGAGUUUUCCAGCAGCAGCGACCUUACUCGCGCUUUCCGCGAGGGCGACUCCAUGCACAUUCGCGCCAACAUCGAGGGCUACUACGAGCCUGGCGAGACCCCUUCGCCCGACCGGACGUGCGUCGUGGAUGUCGAGCGUGGCCGGACUGUGGCCAACUGGCUUCCCCGGCGCCUGGGUAAGGGGCUGGGCUCGACGCGCCGUGGUGCGGCCGCUGUCAACCAGAAGCAUCCGGGCCGUGAUGGCCCGCCGGAAACCCGCGCCUCUGAUCGGAGCGCCCCCGUUGUUCGCGAGCACUCUCGCGACCGGUACCGCCACGACCGCGCUGAUCGGGGUGGCUACCGUGGCGAUCGCCACCGCCGCUGAAUGCCGACACACGGCAAUACCACGCGCUUCCCCUCCCUUCUCCCCCUCCCCCCCCCCCCUGCUUUGGGGACCACCUACUCGGCGGAGAGAGGGGGAGAGGGGCGGAGGAAAGAGAUCUCCUGUUUACAGGCAGGAAACAUGCGAGACAUCAUCUGCGCUUCCUACACACCCCCCCCCCUCCCUCCUGCUCUCCCAGCACGCAGCCCUACUCGCUCACGGCUCGCCUGUAGUGGAAGAAAGGAAGAAACUACACAAAAAGACACACAUACCCAUAAUAUACACCUAUACAACACGGACCACGUCCGCG